AGCUGAUAUUGUUUUGCUUUACUUUCCCUUCCCUUUUUAGUUUGACAUGAAGAUUAUUUUUGUAAAUAAGAUACAGCACAAUUUUUCAUUGUUAGGAGUAUUCGUAAAGGAUUCUUACAUCAUUCAAGAGAAAAUAACUCUCUUAUCAGUAUCAAGUUGAGAAGAAUAGAGUCUUACUUAUGCUCGAGAGUUAGAUUAGAAAAGCCGAUUAUGAACAUUGAUACGACGAAAACUAAUUCUAAGCUUAUGGCAGACAUUUAUCAGGAUCUCUCAGAGGAACAUCCUAGAAGACUGAUUCCAGAACUAUGUAAACAAAUGUAUCACCAAGGUUGGGUGACUGGAACAGGUGGUGGAAUCAGCAUUAAACUUGAUGAUGAAAUUUAUAUUGCACCAUCAGGAGUGCAAAAGGAACGAAUCCAAAUUGAUGAUUUAUUCAUUCAAAAUAUAGAAGGCGAUGAUUUAAUGUCACCACCAGAAUACAAAAAACUUAAGAAAAGUCAAUGUACACCACUUUUUAUGGUCGCUUAUCGUGAACGUAAUGCUGGUGCUUGUAUUCAUACACAUUCACCUAAUGCAGUAAUGGCAACACUUUUAUGGCCAGGAAGAGAAUUUCGAAUCACACAUCAAGAAAUGAUCAAAGGAAUUUAUGACCAUCAGUUGAAUCGCUAUUUACGUUAUGAUGAAGAACUUGUAGUGCCAAUAAUUGAAAAUACUCCAUUUGAAAAGGAUCUGGAAGAGAGUCUUACAAAAGCAGUUCAUGAAUAUCCAGGUACAACAGCUGUUCUUGUUCGUCGUCAUGGAAUUUAUGUUUGGGGCGAUUCAUGGCAAAAGGCAAAGACACAAUGUGAAUGUUUCGAUUAUCUUUUUAACAUUGCAAUCGAAAUGAAAAAAUUUGGACUGGAUCCUUCAUUGAUUCCAGCUCCUUAGAAUAACUUUUGAAUGAAAAUUUAAAUUUUUAUCACUUGGUACUCUAGUAAUAAAAUGAAAUCAAUUGUUAAAGUCACAUUUGAUAUUA